AUGGCUACAAGAACACAAUUUGAAAAUUCAAAUGAAGUUGGUGUAUUUUCCAAUUUAACUAAUUCAUACUGUUUAGUUGCAGUUGGUGGAUCAGAAAAUUUUUAUUCUGCAUUCGAAGCAGAAUUAGGUGAUGUUAUACCAAUUGUUCAUACAACCAUCGCAGGUACAAGAAUUGUAGGGAGAAUGACAAGUGGUAAUAGAAGAGGUUUAUUAGUUCCAACACAAACUACCGAUCAAGAAUUAAUGCAUUUAAGAAAUUCCUUACCAGAUUCAGUUAAAAUUCAAAGAGUUGAAGAAAGAUUAAGUGCGUUGGGAAAUGUUAUAUGUUGUAAUGAUUAUGUUGCAUUAGUACAUCCAGAUAUAGAAAGAGAAACAGAAGAAUUAAUUGCUGAUGUUUUGGGUGUUGAAGUUUUUAGACAAACUAUUGCCGGUAAUGUUUUAGUUGGAUCAUAUUGUUCAUUAAGUAAUCAAGGUGGUUUAGUUCAUCCACAAACUUCUAUACAAGAUCAAGAAGAAUUAAGUUCAUUAUUACAAGUUCCGUUAGUUGCAGGUACUGUUAAUAGAGGUAGUUCAGUUGUUGGAGCGGGUAUGGUUGUAAAUGAUUGGUUAUCGGUUGCUGGAUUAGAUACAACAGCACCAGAAUUAUCAGUUAUAGAAUCUAUAUUCAGAUUACAAGAUGCUCAACCAGAUGCUAUUGGUGGUAAUUUAAGAGAUACAUUAAUUGAAACGUAUUCAUAG